AUGUUACGCGCUAGCCUCGUGCAGUCUUAAACGGAACCUAGCAAUGUGAACAUGAGAAAUUCACAAGACAAUCAGAAGAUGUCGUCGAACAUUAAUUAUCAGCGGGAUAUGAGAUAUAUUUUCAAACCAUGUAGCUGGAUCCUUGGUUCGAUCGGCAUCUGGCCAAUUACAUUCCGCGGAAUCGGACAACACGUGUCCAAAAUCGCGCUCGUGCUGUGUAAUUUUGCGUUAGGAUUUGCGAUAGUGCCGUGUAUUUUGCAUAUCAUUUAUGACGAGAAGGAUCUUAACAUAAGAUUAAAGCUCUCUGGAUUAUUGGGCUUCUGUCUCACAGCAAUGAUGAAAUAUUGCGUUCUCGCGAUACGUCGGCCUAAAAUAUUACGCUGCAUCGAACAUGUGAAGAAUGACUGGUGGCAGGUCAAGUUCAACUCCGAUCGCGAAUUGAUGAUGAAGUACGCUGCCACUGGUCGUAGGCUCUCUAUAAUCAGCACGACUUCCAUGUACAUCGCCGGCUUCAUUUAUCACACAAUUCUGCCAUUUUGCACUGUGCAUAAAGCCGGUAACGAAACUAUCAGACCGCUCGUGUAUCCAACUUACAGUGAAUUUUAUCAGACUCAGAUUAGCCCGAUAUACGAAAUAGUAUAUCUAGCUCAUUGCAUUUGUGGAUACACCAUGUAUUCGGUCACGGCCGGAUCGUGUGGAUUAGCUGCGAUAUUCGUUACUCAUGCGUGUGGCCAAAUUGAUGUAAUCACGUCUCGACUUGAGGAUCUUUCGCGUGGCAAAAACUUUCAACAAUCAUCAGACGUUAACCAACGAAUCGCUGCCAUCGUGAGUGGUCAUGUUCGAAUAUUAAGAUUCUGCGCUGCCGUGGAUGAAAUUCUACAAGAAGUAUGUUUAUUGGAAUUCGCCAGUUCUAUAUUCACAAUGUGCUUGCCUGAAUAUUAUUGCAUAGUGGAUUGGCAAGAUAGUGAUACAGUUGGACUGACAACUUACUUUCUGCUUUUCGUUUCAUUCUGUUUUAAUAUGUUUAUAUUAUGUUAUAUUGGCGAACUACUCAUGACGAAGAGUAGUCAGAUUGGUUCGGUAUGUUUCAUGAUCGAUUGGUAUCAACUACCGACAAAAGCAGUUCGUAGUUUAGUAUUGGUGAUUGCUAUAUCAAACCAUCCUAUAAAGAUCAGCGUUGGCAGAAUGAUAGAUUUAUCGUUGGCGACUUUUGGAAACGUACUCAAAACAAGUCUGGCAUAUCUAAGUUUCCUUCGAACAUUAGUAGUAAUGUGAAUGUUAUUGAAAUACCGUAAUUA